CGUGUGUGUUUUAAUAAUGUGUUGUUAAUAAGACGAUUAUCUCUACAGCGUGUAAUCUCCGUACUUCGAAGUAUGGCGCGAUAAUUCUCUAACAAGAGAUAGAGAUAUCUCGGACAUUUCAUUUACGGUGAAGUCGCGUCUCUCUCAUGAAAUGAUAAUGUCGUUUAUCAGCGUGGAUAAAACGAAAAAGAAAUCGGGCGCGUGCAGGUGCAUUUCGUUCACCAAGGCCACUUCUAAAUACUUUCGGACUUGCAUGGCCCCACGUGCGGGCGAUUACAUCAGGCACCCAGUUCUUUACGAACUGUCGAGCAAGUAUGGAGUGGCUGGCAGUGACCAGGUGCCCUUGCCGGCUCGUCUCGACGUGCUGCGAGAGCACAUACGCCGAGAAAUACGCAAGGAAUUAAAGAUAAAGGCCGGUGCGGAGAAACUGAGAGAGGUCGCGACCGAUCGCAAAUCGCUCUCUGACGUGGCGACGAUCGUGAAGAAGGCAAACAGCAAGCUGAACGAACUCCAGGCGGAGCUCCAGCAGCUCGAGAGCCAAAUUAUACUAACGCAGGGGCAGCCCCAAUCGCCGCAACAGAAUCACUCCAAUGGUCAAGACACGCCUCUAUCACCGAUGGGGCCUUCGUCGCCGAGUCAGGAAGGUCUAUUCACGGAUCUUCGGCUUCUAUCCUUGGAGAAGCAGCUCAAUAUUGAACUGAAGGUCAAGCAGGGUGCUGAAAAUAUGAUACAGAGUUUAACGAGCGGCCAUCGUGACAAAAAAUUACUACAGGAGGCUCAACAAAUGCUAGACGAUUCCCGCGCCAAAAUCGAGUUCCUACGCAUGCGGAUAAUGAAGGUGCGCCAGGCGCGGCAGCAGCAACAACGAGGAGACGCGUUGCCACCGAAUGGCGAAGCAACUAGCAACAAAGAUAGGUACGAGCCCAGCUUGGAACUCGCGUUGGAAGAGAGGGUGGAGGAGCUGCGGCAUCGAUUGCGAAUAGAGGCAGCUGUCGUAGAAGGUGCCAAGAACGUGAUACGUCUUUUACAAAGUGCUAGAGUCGCUGAUAAGAAGGCCUUAACCGAGGCUCAGGCAAGCCUCGCGGAAUCCAGCAGAAAAUUGGACUUGCUCAGAUUAUCCCUUGAACUCAGAAGACAAGAGCUACCCCCUGACAGCGGUACCGCGGCUCAAUUAAAAAGAGAAUUAGCUAGCGUGCAAUCGGCUAGUCCAGUUCCCGUUACUUAUACAUCAUUACAACCGUUCCGCGGUCCCUUGGAAAGUAAAACCACCAUACCAGCUUCAGUAUCGAGAUGCGCUGCUGUCACGGGACAAUUAGAGGUAAGACUUAUGGGAUGUCAAGACUUGGCGGAAGAAGUACCUGGUCGUACGCGGAGGGAACAUGCUGCUAGUCCUGAUAUACGUAGCUUCGUUAAGGGUGUCAAAGGACUCAGUUCGAGCAAGUCGUAUAGCGUGAAAGACGAAACAAGCAAUGACAUUAUGGCAGUUAUAAAAUUGGAUAAUCAAACCGUAGGACAGACUAGCUGGCGUCCAUGUUCCCAACAAGCUUGGGACCAAAGGUUUUCUAUCGAACUAGAUAAAUCGAGAGAACUUGAAAUAGGCAUUUAUUGGAGAGAUUGGAGAUCUCUAUGCGCGGUCAAGUUCUUACGUUUAGAGGAAUUCAUUGACGAUGUUCGACAUGGAAUGGCCUUACAGUUGGAACCGCAAGGUCUUCUGUUCGCGGAAAUAAAAUUCUUGAAUCCGAUGAUAUCGCGAAAGCCUAAGUUGCAGCGUCAACGAAAGAUCUUCAAGCAACAAGUGAAAAAUUUCCCAAGAGCAAAUCAAAUGAAUAUAAACGUCGCGACUUGGGGUAGACUACUUAAACGUUCGGCGCCUUCAUUGCACAAUUCCAGAAGCUCGGAAAGUCCGCCGACAGGACCGCAACCAUUGCAACUUGCAUUUGAUACCUCGAUAGAAGAUAAGCCCGAGACUCCCGGCGAAGUGCCUGAUCCGGAGAAAGGUGGACUAGGCGGUGCGCGGCCUUUGGGAAUGUCAACAACUAGUAGUAGUCCAACUCUGCCACGUCCUCCGGAGCAUCCUCCCCCACCGCCACCAAUUAUUGUGAAGAAACCGUCUACACCUGCACCUACACCGCCUCCUAAAUUAGAUCAAGAGUUACAGAGUGCAUUAAGGGAGUUUGAUUUUCUGCACAACGAGGAAAAGGGCGGGCCUCAGGGCGCAAAUUUGAGGCCCCUGGUGACAGAGCCCCGCCCUGUGCUGAUUGCACCACCCUCUCCACGCACACCCUCGCCCCAACCUGUCGUCGAGUUUCCUGAGGAUGAGGCUGUAUAUGAACUGCCAAUCAGACCCCUUCAAUACAGAGAUAGUGCCUAUGAGUCGAGAAGACACUCUCAGAUUAAUGGUAUGACCCUGGAAAACUUUAGACUGCUCUCCGUACUCGGUCGUGGACAUUUCGGCAAAGUGAUACUAUCGCAAUACAGAAACACCGGAGAAUAUUUCGCAAUCAAGGCCUUGAAGAAGGGAGAUAUUAUAGCUAGAGACGAAGUGGAGUCAUUACUGUCUGAAAAGAGAAUAUUCGAAGUAGCGAACACAACGCGCCAUCCUUUCCUCGUAAAUCUAUUUGCGUGCUUUCAAACUGAGGCACAUGUAUGCUUUGUAAUGGAAUAUGCGGCUGGUGGUGAUCUUAUGAUGCAUAUACAUGCCGAUGUUUUCGGAGAGCCUCGCGCUGUGUUUUAUUCAGCUUGCGUUGUUCUAGGACUACAAUACUUGCACGAAAAUCGCAUUAUUUACAGAGAUUUGAAAUUAGAUAAUCUACUAUUGGAUACGGAAGGUUAUGUUAAAAUCGCAGAUUUUGGCCUAUGUAAAGAAGGUAUGGGAUACGGAGAUAAGACAGGUACUUUUUGUGGUACUCCUGAAUUCUUAGCGCCUGAAGUCUUGACAGAGACUUCUUAUACGCGAGCCGUAGAUUGGUGGGGACUUGGAGUCUUGAUCUUUGAAAUGCUUGUUGGAGAGUCUCCUUUCCCAGGUGAUGAUGAGGAAGAAGUGUUUGACUCCAUUGUAAACGAUGAAGUACGAUAUCCACGAUUUCUUUCUUUGGAAGCGAUAGCAAUCAUGAGAAGAUUGUUAAGGAAGAAUCCAGACAGAAGAUUAGGUAGCAGCGAAAGAGACGCGGAAGACGUUAAAAAACAAGCAUUUUUCAGACACAUUACUUGGGAUGAUCUGCUUCUAAGACGUGUGAAACCACCUUUUGUACCAGUAAUCCAUUCGGUGGAAGAUGUAAGUAAUUUUGAUGAAGAAUUUACAUCAGAGAAGCCACAUCUAACGCCUCCGAAAGAUCCUCGGCCUCUCAGUGACUUAGAACAAGGCCUGUUUAAAGACUUUACUUAUAUGGCUGAUUGGUGCUAGCCAUUAAUAUCUCGGAGCGAAUGGAAAUAUCAGCAUGUCAUAAUUGAAGAAAAAGUUGCUUUUACUACUGCAAAAUGAAAUUUUUUGCGCAACUGCGUUAAUGCAGUUUGUUUAUCUGAGCAAUAUAUAUAUAUAUUAUAUCAUAUAUCUCUCAUCAUGUAUACAUAUUUCUCAUUUUUUAAUACUAUAUUAACGAUCGCAGUCGAACAGAUUUACAAGAGAAAUUUUUUAUCGAAUCUCAGGUUUUCUCCAUUAUGAUGCUUUUAAUAGGUACUUGGUACAUACUUGGAGUUUACAAUCUCCAGUUUUAUAUUAAAUAACAUAUGUAUGCAGAUAUAGAUCAUUGUUUAUGAUAAUACAGUUGAUGAGAUACAAUAGUGCUGUCAAUAUCCAAGAAUAUCAUAUUGUUAUUUCGGAUAUUAUCCAGGUACAUUGUCAAAUUUGAUGUAAGUAUCGAAUAUUGAGAAACUAUACAUAGGCUAUUAAUAAAUUAGAAUGUUUUGAUUAAUCGAUUCUGUUUAUCAUUCUGUGUAUAAAAAUAUUAGAUGAGAUGAUUAUAAAAUAAAAGAUCACGUUUUUUAUGAGAUUAUUGAAAAUUAAAUACUAUAUAUGCUACACACAGACAUGAUAGGCUAACAAAAAUUUAAACUCUGUUUAUUUCAUAGCCGACUGAUUUGUUCGAAAAAAGUCGUAACAUGUCAACUUUGUUUCUGUGAGGGAUCUAGGAUUAUUAUAAAUUCAAUUGUGCUAUUUUGUUUUUGUUGUAUAAUAAGUAUUUCUUCAAAAAUUUUAAAUGGCGAUAGAAGUCAAAUAACGCAUUAUUUAAAAAAAUUUUUCUUUUUUUUUUUUUACAACUGUUUGCUUAUUUGAAUUUGUUAUAAAUAAAAUUUUUUUGAGAAAUCAGAUUUUUUUGUGGAAGUUUUAGGUACAAAAAUUGAAAAUUUUUUCGGCUGUGGAUAACUAGUACCUGGGUAUAAAAAUAAUGCGAUUUAUAUUGACAGUACUAAUAUGUAAAUAAACUCUAAAUAUUCUUGAAACUGAUUAAAAAAUUCUCAUCAAAUAUGUUAAGCAAAGAAAAAAGUAAUGAAGCCUACCAAUCUUUUGACAAAGAAAUUUUUUCGCAUAAAAAUGGAAAUAAUUUUAAACUAUAUGUGCACAGAAGUGAUCUCUCCAAACACUGUCCUGUCACUAGCAUUAGAUAUGUCCCAUUAUACUUUUACGCGAAGAUGUAUUAUUUUCAACAUUUUGUUAUCUAUAUAUACUACUAUUAUGUACAGUAACACACGCGAUUACUCGAAGAUUUUAUAUAUCCCUGUAGGACUUAGGAAAAAAAGGAUAAUCAUAAUGCAAACAAUAAUUAACACAUUCAUAGAGAAAACAUAAAAUAAAUCAAAAUGUAGCUAAACUUGCUCAUGCUCAUGUGAUAAAUAAUUGAAAUCGAAAUGGCGCUAUAUAUAUAUGCAACAAUAAUGAUCAUUAUACAGGUAAUAUUCAUGCGCUUUUUAAUUAAACUUAUCAUUCUAUUCGUUCUUAUCAUUCUUAUCGUACUAUUCAUUAUAAUAAUUGGAAAUUCAUUUACAUAUAGCUAAUCUUGUGCAAGAUUAUGGUGACUUUAGACAAUAUGAGCUCUAUGACAUUGUGUGAAGCAGCAUGUUUAUAUCAUAUAUCAGAAUCUUUUAAGUUUGUUUAACAUAUAUCCAAUUAUAUAUUUACUAUAUUUCGUUAUUUUAGUUAUGUACAUUCAUAUUAUAGUUUAUGAGAUAAGAUAAUUUUACUAAUAUGUGCUAAAUAUAUAUUAUGUAUAUAUAAAUAUAUAACCAAAUAUUUUGCGGAGAGGAUAAUAAUGGAUGAUAUUUCUAUAUUUAAUAGCUCGAAUAUUGUGGUGUAGUAUUAUACUAUCAAUAUUUUAACUAAGUUUGCCACACAAAAGAUACUAUUGUAAGACAAGUUCAUAUUCUGAUAUCAACAUAUAUUCGAACGUUUUUUAAGAUUUGGUUCUGAUUUUGUAGAUGAUUUGUGAAAACUAUGUUGAAGUAGUUGUUAAAUUUUACAUUUGUGAAAGAAGCUUGUAAAUUAACUUUUCUUCUAAUAAUUGUAAAACUUUUCUAUGAUUUACAUACAAUCAUUUUAAUAUUUAAUAAUUAAUCCUUUAUAGAAAAUUUAAUCGUUUCUAGAACUUUCAUACACACACAAAUAUUGUACAAUCUAAAUUGAAUUUAUGGUAUGUUUUAUUCAUUUUUUAAAAAGUGCCUAAUAGACAUCUUUUAAGAAAUGAAUGAAGCAUACCAUGUAGGCACUGCCUACAUGAUAAUUGGACGAUUUUUAAUAACACGCAAUAUAACUAGAAAAUUUGUUGGAUGUUAAUGAGAUAAUUGUAUAUAAACUUUUUGAUUUGUCAUAUAUUUUUAUCUUAUAAUUAUACGAGAAAUUGAAAAUUGAAUUACGAACCUUAUAAAUAUAAAUAAGAGAAGGAAUAUUUUAAAUAAAACUUGGUAGAUUUUAUACAAAUCGUGUAUAAAAUGAUGUAACUUAUUUAAUUUUAUUUAAAGAUUAAACUUUAUUUUUAAUUUUCAUUAUACAAUCACAGAAUGUUUUUUAUCAAAAUCUAUUAAUUAUAAUCUCUCUCUCUAUUCUAUUUUAUUUUAUUAAUUACAAAUAUCGCUUGUGGAAAGCUCGUUAUAUCGAUGAAAUCGACCAAGUUUUAUCUGCAAUAUCUCUCAUUUAAAAUCAAUAAUGCAUACAUAAAUAAUCUUUAGAAUUAUUCGUAAAAUUUGUUAAUAUCAAGCAUUUUACAUAAUACGAAAAUUAAUUGUAUCACUAGUGAUAGAUUCGAGUACCUCUUGAGAUCUAGUUGCCUUACUGCAGUUAUGUGGAUUGAUAACCACUUUUUGGUAUCUAUUUUAUAUAUAAUUCUUAUACACAGGAGAAGGAUGGAUUUAGAUCUAUAGAAAUAUUGACGAUCGAUUUUGAACACACUGUAUAAUAGUGGCAACUCAGAAGAUGUGAAUAAUUCACACAGAAUCUUUAAUGUGCCUGUUUUUUAUACAUUAUUUUUGUAUGUAAGUUUUAAAAUCUAAUCUUUUCGCACAUAUAUAAUGUGGCUUUCUGAAAUAAGGAAUUUACUCAAAUUUACACAUUCAACAAUAAAACAGACAGAGAAAAGUGUGGGGCAUGUUUACAAUUACUAAAGAUUCGUCACAUGUGAGAUUAUUAGCUUAAUUCGUAAAGCAAUUGAAACAAAUUUAAAUUUUGCAUUUACAUUAAGAUUGCUUAAAUUUUGCAAAAGUAUGUAAGAUCAUCAUGUAGAUACUUAUCGAUACAUAUACACAUUACUUUUAUAUCUUGGAGCGUUUAACAAUACCAUUUUUUUUUACAUAGCUCUCAACUGCCCCAAACUAUAUAAAAAUCUUAUAAACAAUUUCAGAUGAAAAUAUUUUUAUGUCAAAGUGAAAUAUCAUUUUCAUGACUUGGAUUUUACAUCGUAACUUGAUAUACAUUAUAAGAAAACAUCAUCAUGUGUAUUAAUUAUUUUUCAUUGAUAUUACAUGCAGCUUUGCAGAAAUUAAAUUAUUUAACAACUUUGGGAUAUGUGUGGUCGAAAACGCGGUGAUUCAAAGACUCAGAAUAUGUAUAUAUAAACAAAUAUCGUAUGGUCUUUGUUUUUGUAGAUAAAUUUACUUUUAAUUCAUAAGGAUUUUUAUUAAGUUAUAUUAUUUCGUUACAUAUUUUUUAUAUAUACAUAAUAUUUCAUAGCAUUACUAGACAUAAGUUUAGUUAUAAACUCUGUUCGUUGUAAUUAUAAUUAGUUUUACAAUAAGCAAAGAAAAAAUUAUGUGCCUCGUAUUUUGUAGUGUCUACUAAUUAAUACACGAGAGUACUAUGGCUAGAUGAAGAUUUAAUUUAUUCAAUGCAUAUAUAUUUGCAGUGGCAGCUUAUUACAUAUCACUUUAUUAAACAAUUAUAUGCAAUCCUUAGAAGUAUUCCCAAAAUCUACAUUAUACGCGCGCAUAUGUGAAAAUUACUUUAAAAAAUAAAUAU